GAGCUAGAUUUUUUACGUCCACAUGGCCAAACCACAGCUUCUGUGUACCCACAACAAAAUCAGAUAGAAUCCAAAACGAAAGACCCUAGCCAAUGAGAUGCUGCUGAUGUGUAGAUUUCCUCAUCCAUAAUAACAAUCCAUCCAUUUCUCUUUUUUGCAUAUAUAUGUACAUGCUUCUUCUCUUGUAAAUAUAUCUCAAAAAAGCACAACAAAGUCGUACUAGAAAAUAUAUCAAAAUUAAUUUGAUCAUAUCAGUUCAUAAUUAAUGGCAACUUCCGGUAUCCAACAAUCUGCAUUUGCUGGCCAGAUUGGUCUGAAGCCACAAAAUGAGCUUGUCCGGAAGGUCGGAAACGUCGGCGGUGGCCGGUUCACCAUGAGGCGUACCGUCAAAAGUGUUCCUCAAAGCAUCUGGUAUGGGCCUGACAGACCCAAGUAUUUGGGUCCAUUCUCCGAACAAACUCCAUCAUACCUUACUGGUGAAUUUCCCGGUGAUUAUGGAUGGGACACUGCUGGGCUUUCAGCUGACCCAGAGACAUUCGCUAAGAACCGGGAGCUCGAAGUGAUCCACUCCCGUUGGGCCAUGCUUGGUGCUUUGGGCUGUGUCUUCCCGGAAAUCCUUUCAAAGAACGGAGUCAAAUUCGGCGAGGCCGUCUGGUUCAAGGCCGGAUCCCAAAUCUUCUCCGAAGGUGGACUUGACUACCUUGGAAACCCAAACCUCAUCCAUGCCCAGAGCAUCCUCGCUAUCUGGGCCUCCCAAGUUGUCCUUAUGGGCUUGAUUGAAGGUUACAGAGUUGGAGGAGGCCCACUUGGAGAAGGAUUAGACAAGGUGUACCCCGGUGGAGCAUUUGACCCAUUGGGUUUGGCUGAUGAUCCAGAGGCAUUUGCUGAGUUGAAGGUGAAAGAGAUCAAGAAUGGGAGGUUGGCUAUGUUCUCAAUGUUUGGAUUCUUUGUUCAAGCCAUUGUCACUGGAAAAGGCCCAAUUGAAAAUCUGUUGGACCAUUUGGCUGACCCAGUAGCUAACAAUGCUUGGGCCUAUGCCACCAACUUUGUACCUGGAAAAUGAGCUGACUUUGUACCUUUGUGAAUUGUGAUAGUUGUGGACUGUGAUGACUUGAGUGUGACGACAUUGUUUCUCAUUGAGGGAAAUGUUGAAUAUAUUGCACUAAUUUAAAUGUCCAAAUUACAAGUUCCAUUUACAUUGUUAUUUUGGUUCGUAAUUUACGCUUUUAGAAUAUACUUUCAUAAAACUAAACGGUUUAAACACAUAUUUUAAGUUCUGAGUACCAAAAAUUUUGAAGAAAGGAAACGAGC